ACAACUUCCGCCCGCCGCGCGCCGGACACUUCCACGCGCUUUCCGAACCUUCGGAACCGGAAACUGGGCCAGAAAGCACACCCAGGAGAGAGUGGGCGAGGCCACACUCCCGGAAGUGCCUGCGGCCUUGGGCGGACGCACCGCGCCGCAGUCUCCACCGUUCCGCAUCCCGGAGGGCGUGGAGGGAGAGGGCCGGAGCCUGGCCGCGCUCUCGGUUCCCAGGGCCGCUCUAGGAGGGCCCCUGUUUGGGCAGCGACUCCUGUGGAUAGGGAGCGGGAGUAUCAGCGGGCCCUUGCUCCGCCUAACGAGGGAAGAGAAUUUGGGCAGCCUUCCGCAAAAGCGUCGUUCCCCAGCCCCAAAGUGGAGGGGCGGGAUGGACGAGCCUCUCACUCCGCGGGCGUCCGCACAAUUCAUCGCGGAAAACAGUCGGGAUGUGUUCAUUGACGGCGAAGGCGUUCGGAAGGUGGCGGACCUGCUGCUCGCCAGAGCCUCGGGGCCGGAGCUGCGCCUGGGGGGCUGGAAGGCCCUUCACGAGCUGAACCCCAGGGCGGCCGAUGAGGCCGCGGUCAACUGGGUGUUCCUGGUAGACACGCUCAACUUCUCCUUCUGGUCGGAGCGUGACGAGCAUAAAUGCCUAGUGGGGUACAGGGGGACGACUUACAGUGGAUACUGGUCCCUGUGCGCCGCGGUCAACAGGGCCCUUGACGAAGGAAUACCAAUAACUAGUGCUUCAUACUAUGCCACAGUAACCCUGGAUCAGGUUCGGCAUGUACUCCGUUCUGACACAGAUGUUCCAAUGCCUUUGAUUGAAGAGAGGUAUCGGAUUCUCAAUGAAACCGGGAAAAUUCUGCUUGACAAGUUUGAAGGCUCUUUUCUUAAUUGUGUUCGAAAAAGUGAAAGAAGUGCACAGAAGUUAAUGUACCUGGUAGUCGAGAGCUUUCCUUCUUACAGAGAUGUGACUCAGUUUGAGGUGAGUUGUUUCUGUUGAGGACUUUAGAAUUCUUAGUUAACCAUCCGUGGUUAACUCUUUUACUUACCAGAACUUUUUUUGAGAAUAAAAACAAAGUUUAAAGUGUUCCUUGUGAACAAGCACAGUAACAAAAUUGGUAAGUAGUAUUCCAAAGACGUUACUUCUCUUGUGUUUUCUAAUCAGUGUAUUUCCUCUGGUUUCUUUUCCCACUUACUUUUCUUUUUUAUUGAGGUACAUGUAAUAAAAUGCACAAAUCUUAGUGUGCAACUUGGUAAAUUUUGACAUGUGUAUCCACUUAUGUAACCAUCUGUCAGAUCAAGAAAUCAAACAUUCUCACUAAUUUCUUUACCCCUUAUUUCUCCCACCUCUCAACCCUUUCCCAUGUGGCAACCACCAGUUGUUCUCUGUGUUGAUGAGUUUAUUUCUGUUUUGCUUGUUUUAUUUUUAAGAUUUCACAUA